CGCGCCGCAGAGAGCGGGCGGCGUCCGGAGCUCCGACCGCUGCGGCCGCAGAGAGCGUCGCCAUGACGAAUCCGACCACCGCCGUGCUGGUCGUGGUAACUUGGAUUUUUACUCCAAUUACAAGUGAAAUAACGAGUCUCGAUAGCGCAAAUAUAGAUGACACUUUAAACCAUGCAGAUGUUGCUCUAGUUAAUUUUUAUGCUGACUGGUGUCGUUUCAGCCAGAUGUUGCAUCCAAUCUUUGAAGAAGCCUCCAAUGUCAUUAAGGAAGAGUUCCCUAAUAAAAAUCAAGUCGUCUUUGCCAGAGUCGAUUGUGAUCAGCACUCGGACAUUGCACAAAGAUACAGGAUAAGCAAAUACCCAACUUUAAAACUGUUUCGGAAUGGGAUGAUGAUGAAGAGAGAGUACAGGGGUCAAAGGUCAGUGACAGCAAUAGCAGAUUACAUCAGACAACAGAAAAGUGACCCCGUUCGGGAAGUUCGCGACCUGGAGGAAAUUGCCUCACUUGAUCGCAGUAAAAGAAAUAUCAUUGGAUAUUUUGAACAAAAAGAUUCAGACAACUACAGAACCUUUGAAAGAGUAGCAAAUAUUUUGCAUGAUGAUUGUGUCUUCCUUUCUGCAUUUGGGUCUGUUUCAAAACCGGAAAGAUUUAGUGGAGACAAUAUAAUCUACAAACCACCUGGGGAAAAUGCUCCGGAUAUGGUAUACCUGGGAUCCAUGACCAAUUUUGACCUGGCGUAUGCUUGGACUCAAGAUAAAUGCGUCCCCCUUGUUCGGGAAAUCACCUUUGAAAAUGGAGAGGAACUCACAGAGGAAGGCCUCCCUUUCCUCAUACUUUUCCAUAUGAAAGACGAUGCCGAGAGUCUAGAACAAUUCCAACAGGAAGUAGCUCGCCAGUUAAUCAGCGAGAAAGGUACAAUCAACUUUCUACAUGCUGACUGUGAUAAAUUUAGGCAUCCGCUUCUACACAUACAGAAAACUCCCGCCGACUGCCCAGUUAUAGCCAUCGACAGCUUCAGGCACAUGUAUGUCUUUCCUGACUUCCGGGACUUGGUGGUUCCGGGUAAACUCAAACAGUUUGUGUUGGACUUACACUCAGGGAAACUGCAUCGAGAAUUUCACCACGGUCCCGACCCCACCGACGUUUCCCCCGGACAGCACGUCCAAGACGUAGCAAGCAGCCCCCCCGAAAGCUCCUUCCAGAAACUGGCCCCCAGCGAAUAUAGGUACACCUUGCUGAGAGAUCGAGAUGAGCUUUGAAAACCUGAAAACAUCUUGCAGGCAUUGCAGACGGCAGCAUCAACUUCUGUGUGGUGGAAAUAGUAAACCUAUAUUUUCAUAAUUCUAUGUGUAUUUUUAUUUUGAAUAAACUAAAAAAUGUUUUGGG